CAAACAUACAUCAUCAAAUAAAAGAGUGACCGUGUUAAUGGUAUAGCCUCUAAAUUAUUGGGGAAGACAAAAGAAUGAGAAACAAGGGGUGCCCUUCUUGCUCUACUCUCACCCCCAAACAAAACCGUCCCAUUACAAUUUGUGCAAUGGCAACAACAGCGAGACAAGUGAGAAGUAAUUGACCCAUCGACCAACAAACAACAAACAUAACCCCAUGUAAUGUAAUUGUAUUUGUAGCGUAAGUGAGCACUGUCACUGUGUAUAUAGGAGUAUGUAAACUCCCCCUCCAGACAUACACGCCUCUCAAUUAUUUCUGUCCAUUUCCACUUCCCAUAUUGUUCUCGUGUGUUGUGUGUCAGUGUUAUUGGUGUGUGUGAGUGUGAGUGAGAGUGAGAGUGAGAGAAAGGGAGAAAGAGAGAAAGAGAGAAAGAAAAAGAAACAAAGGGCGUGUUGAGUGGUUUGGUCCGGUUCAACACUUCCAUUUCUGAGAUGCCACGCCCAGGGCCAAGGCCUUACGAGUGCGUGAGGAGGGCAUGGCACAGCGACCGCCACCAACCAGUGAGAGGUUCCAUCAUUCAACAGAUUUUCAGGGUCGUGGUUGACGCUCACAGUCCCGCGACCAUGAAAAACAAGGAAUGCCAGGAGAAGCUCCCGGCGGUUGUUCUCAGGGCCGAAGAAAUCAUGUACUCCAAAGCCAAUUCCGAGGCAGAGUACUUGAAUCCUGAUACUCUCUGGGACCGCCUCAAUGAUGCCAUUAACACAAUCAUACGGAGAGACGAGACAUCCGAGACCGGAGACCUCCUGCCCCCAUGUGUUGAAGCUGCACUUAACCUGGGUUGCAAGCCUGUGAGAACUUCCAGAAGCGAUCGGCACAAUAACCCCAGGACAUACCUCUCUCCUAAAUAUCAACCACCCCCUUCUAUGCCUCUCAAACCUGUUGUUGGAAAUCCGUUGAACUAUGGCAAAGUCACAGCUUCUGCGGUGUCACCGAUUCCCCUGCCAGAUUCUACCCACCAAAGUAGCAAGCUGAUGGGUUCACCUAGCUACCACUUCUCGGAAGGUCUCCCUUCUGCCCAUCACCAGCCAUUGACAAUGGAAGCUAGACCCUCGUUGAACUUGGGUUCAGUUUAUCCCUUGUACUACGGUUAUGAAGCCAGAGAACCUCAGCCAAGGACUACUCAUCGAGAUACAACGUGCUCCGACACAAUCUUUGUUGGAAGGCCAGUCGUUCAAGUCCCGGAGCCUUCUGGAAUUGGUAUGUGGCAAAGCUAUUCCGAUGGUAAGUUCCGUCACGCUGCAAGCAGACUGGCAGAAGAAAAUGCUUUGGUCACUCAGGGGGUGGCACCAGGCAGGGAGUGUGAUUUGUCUUUGAGGUUGGGUCAAUGCCUGCAUCCAUGUUCAAGCAGCAAGAGUAGUUCAGCAUAUGAAAUAGACGAUGUUGGUUUGGGAGCUUCACCCGAGGGCAGCAAGUUUGGUCAUCUGUCUUUGCAGAGAAACAAAGAAUUCUGUUUUUAUCCUAGAGAAAUGGGCUAUGGCAACAUUGAAUCUAGUUCUAAAUGUUAUGUAGAGGGAGACGAUCGGAGCUUAGAGGCAACUCUUCGGAAGCGCAAAGCACCUUUAGGUAACAACAUGGAGGAUGGGCAAUUUUGUCGGCAUCUAGGAGUCCCAUCCCAUCGGUUUACUGGUAGGCCAGGUUCGUAGGCAGCCUUUCUUGUAUCAUAUAUGCGUUUGCAAUUUUAGAUGAUCCUUAAUGUUGUGUAAUCCUCCUACAUAGACUCUAUGUGCAGCUCUGCUUGUGAAAAAAUUUUAGAAUCUGGCGUUGAGUUA